GGGAGGAGAGGAUAAAUAGCAGCCUUGCCUGCCCGGCUCCUCUCUGCAUCCUCCCACCGUCCGAGCAACAUGCAUCUUGCCGGUUUGGUCCGCUCUUGCUCCCUCCUCCUGCUGCUGGGGGCCCUGCCUGGCUGGGCAGCCAGCGAUGACCCCAUUGAGAAGGUCAUUGAAGGGAUCAACCGGGGGCUGAGCAAUGCAGAGAGAGAGGUGGGCAAAGCCCUGGAAGGCAUCAAUAAUGGAAUCACUCAUGCCGGAAGGGAAGUGGAGAAAGUUUUUAAUGGACUCAGCAACAUGGGGAGCCAGGCCGGCAAGGAGUUGGACAAGGGCGUCCAGGGGCUCAACAACGGCUUGGACAAGGUAGCGCAUGACAUCAAUGGUGGCAUUGGACAAGCAGGAAAGGAAGCAGAGAAGUUUGCUCAUGGGGUCCACAACGCUGCUGGACAGGCCGGAAAGGAAGCAGACAAAGUGGUCCAAGGGGCCUACAGUGGGGUCAACCAGGCCGGGAAGGAGGCAGAGAAACUUGGCCAAGGCGUCCACCAUGCUGCUGGCCAGGCCGGAAAGGAAGCGGAGAAACUUGGCCAAGGUGUCCACAGCGCCGCUGGCCAGGCCGGGAAGGAGGUGGACAGGUUGCAGCAGGAUGUUCAUAAUGGGGUCAACCAAGCCGGCAAGGAGGCCAACCAGCUGCCGAAUGCCAGUCAUCAAGGCGGGUCUUCCGCCCAGCACGGAGGGGCCGCAACCACCACAUUAACGUCUGGAGCCUCGGUCAACAAGCCCUUCAUCAACUUUCCAGCUCUGUGGAGGGGCGUCGCCAACAUCAUGCCCUAA